GUGAACACAUGCGUUCGUGGAAUGUGUCCAUAUAAUAUCACAUUUUGGAGAUUUUCUCUAAUUGAGCGUACCCGUUGAGCAUUCAGAGAAAAUACCCUAAAGAUGACAGCCCAGGAAGUUCGUCUGUGUGGGCUGCUGAUGCAGGAGCAUUUUGGGGGUGUGGUGGAGCGCGUGGGGACUCACCUCAUCCGCAGCGGUGCGCUCACACUCAGAGCUAUUGUCAACGAGACUGGCAUGAGCCUCGACCUGGUGAAGAAGUCUUUGUGUGUGCUGGUUCAACAUGGCAUGUGUGUGUUCGGGGCGGGGCGGCGGGGCCCGGGGUGGCCGGUGGAGUACCGCGUGAUUGUGGAGCGCAUGCUGUACAUGCUGAGGUACCCGCGCUACAUCUACACGGCCAAGAGCCUCUACGGAGACACGGGAGAGCUGAUCGUAGAGGAGAUACUGCAGAGGGGACAGAUGACUAUGAGUGCCGCCGUCAAGACCGUAGCCGACAGGCUCACACAGAACAUGGAGGAUGGCUGCAUGGACUACAGUGAGGUGGUGUCUGCCUUCUCCAACCUGGUGGAGACCCAUUUCCUGCAGCGCUGCCCCGUGGUGGGGGAGCCGGGUAGUGCACCCCCUCCAGCUUCCACCAACUCGCUGCUGGACGCACCGCCCCCUCCCCCCGCCAUCACCUGCCCCCCCACACCCGAGAGCAACCCCGACUGCUACCGCCUGCCACAGAUCAACCUCAGAGGUCGGGGCAAGCGGCGGCGCUCGAGUGAGGAUGGGGAGGAGCAGAGGGGAGGCAAGAAGCCAAAACUGGACAACGGAGAGCGUGUGGGAGAUGAAGAUAUCUACUGGCAGGUCAACUUUGCUCGUUUCCACCUGCAUUUCAGAGAUCAGGCCAUCAUCUCAGCUGUAGCCUGCAAACUAGACCAGACUAGCAGUGAGAUCGUGAGGACCAUGCUGAGGAUGAGUGAAGUCACCACCCAGCCCUCUGCAGCACACACACAGCCACUCUCAGCCAACGAGAUAUUCCGAGCGCUGCCCCCCAAUUACAGCAUCGGCCGGCCCAUUCUAGACCAGUACCUCACUCUACUUGUGGACGACCCGAUGGAGUUUGUGGGGAAGUCUGGAGACAGUGGAGGAGGCAUGUACGUCGUCAAUCUACACAGAGCACUGGCAAACCUGGCACGAGCCACACUGGAGUCUGUGGUACAGGAGAGGUUCGGCUCGCGGUCGGCCCGCAUCUUCCGGCUGUUGUUACGGAAACGGCACCUGGAGCAGAAGCAGGUGGAGGACUUUGCCAUGAUCCCUGCUAAGGAGGCCAAAGACAUGCUGUACACACUGCUGUCGGAGAACCUAGUCCAACUACAGGAAAUCCCAAAGACUCCUGACCACGCCCCCUCUCGUACCUUCUACCUGUACACAGUCAGCCAGCUACCCACAGCACGCAUGCUGCUACAGAGAUGCUACAAGACUGUGAGCAACCUGAUAGAGAGACGCCUCUUUGAGACCAAGGAGAACAAGCGUCACCUGGAGAAGUCUCAGCGAAUCGAGGCCAUUCUGGCGUCGCUACAGGCAACGGGGGCGGAGCCUGCUCAGCUCCAGGAAGUGGAGGAGAUGAUCACCGCCCCUGAGAGGCAGCAGUUAGAGGCACUACGCAGUCACAUCAACAAGCUGGACUCCAGUGAGAACCAGGUGGACGAGUCCAUCUUCCUGCUCGAGUCCUACGUCAAGUCAGCCGGCACCACGCGCUGACACACGAGAAGAGAAGAGGGAAAGAGAGGAGCGAAAAGAGACAGAGAGAAUGAUGGAGAGAUGGAGACAUAGUGAAGAAUGAGAGAAGAUGAGAUGAAGGCGCUUCCAUUCCAGUCUCAGACGUCAGGUGGACUCCUCAUGUGUGACGUGCCCAGAGUGAGCCUGUGUGCACCGUUAUGGAGCAGAGGAGGCUCAGUGUUUCAGUUCACUACAUUACAUACAUUUUAUUUUAUAGAUGAAGAGUUACAUUGGUGGCUGCCAAUAGCACCCAACACUAUACCUAACCAGACUAUGCCAGAAUCACCCCAGAUCUGGGCCGGGAGUGUAAUUCAUCUUCCGUGUGUGUAAGAAUUUAAGUGUGUGUGUGUGUGUGUGCACAUGCUUCAAAUGACUUUGAAUGGUUCAGUCAAUAAAAUCUUUUGGUUUCA